GCUUUCAAUCAAUGGGGGACUUGCUUUCAACGAACAUAAGCAUGUUUCUCGCUAGGAUUAUUGUGUGCCUCGGCUUCCUGGCCUUGGCUACUGCCCAGUUCGACACCAACUAUGCGUCAGGCCGCAGCGGCAUGGUCCAUCUCUUCGAAUGGAAGUGGGACGACAUUGCCGCCGAGUGCGAGAACUUCCUAGGCCCCAAUGGCUUUGCCGGUGUCCAGGUGUCCCCUGUCAAUGAGAACGCCGUGAAGGAUAGUCGUCCGUGGUGGGAGCGCUACCAGCCCAUAUCAUACAAGUUGGUCACCCGUUCCGGAAACGAGGAGCAGUUUGCCAGCAUGGUUCGUCGUUGUAAUAAUGCCGGAGUUCGUAUCUAUGUCGAUGUUGUCUUCAACCACAUGGCUGCCGAUGGCGGAACUUACGGCACUGGUGGCAGCACCGCCAACCCCAGCAGUAAGAGCUUCCCUGGAGUUCCCUACUCCUCACUGGACUUCAAUCCCACCUGCGGAAUCAACAACUAUAAUGAUGCCAACGAAGUGCGAAACUGUGAGCUGGUUGGUCUCCGCGAUCUGAACCAAGGAAACUCGUACGUGCAAGACAAGGUUGUCGAGUUCCUGGACCAUUUGAUUGACCUUGGUGUAGCCGGUUUCCGCGUGGACGCUGCCAAGCAUAUGUGGCCCGCAGAUCUGGGCGUCAUUUACGGCCGCCUCAAGAACCUGAACACCGACCACGGCUUCGCGUCUGGAGCCAAGGCUUACAUCGUGCAGGAGGUCAUCGACAUGGGCGGCGAGGCUAUCAGCAAGUCGGAGUACACAGGCAUGGGUGCCAUCACUGAGUUCCGCCACUCUGACUCCAUCGGUAAGGUCUUCCGUGGAAAGGACCAACUGCGAUACCUGACCAACUGGGGCACCGCCUGGGGCUUCGCUGCUUCCGAUCGCUCUCUUGUCUUUGUCGACAAUCACGAUAACCAGCGCGGCCACGGUGCUGGUGGCGCCGAUGUGCUCACCUACAAGGUGGCCAAACAGUACAAGAUGGCCUCCGCCUUCAUGCUGGCCCACCCCUUCGGCACGCCCCGCGUGAUGUCCUCUUUCUCUUUCUCGGACACGGACCAGGGCCCGCCCACCACUGACGGGCACAAUAUCGCCUCUCCUAUCUUCAACAGCGACAACUCUUGUAGCGGCGGCUGGGUGUGCGAGCACCGCUGGCGCCAGAUCAACAACAUGGUUGCCUUCAGAAACACUGUCGGCUCCGACGACAUCCAGAACUGGUGGGACAACGGCAGCAACCAGAUCUCCUUUAGCCGCGGUAGCAAGGGAUUCGUCGCCUUCAACAACGACAACUAUGACCUCAACAGCUCCCUGCAGACUGGGCUGCCUGCCGGCACCUACUGCGACGUCAUUUCCGGCUCAAAGAUUGGCUCUUCCUGCAGUGGCAAGACCGUCACUGUUGGAUCUGACGGACGUGCCAGUAUUUAUGUUGGUAGCUCUGAGGAGGAUGGUGUCCUGGCCAUUCAUGUCAACGCCAAGUUGUAAAUAAGUGGGACAAUGACCCAGCCAAACAAAAUAUAUCGAACCCGAAACUAUUAAUGAGA